AUGUCACCGCUCAGUCAACCAAAUACUCUAUCUCCGGCCGAACUGCUCAAGUACCUCCCCGAGUAUGGUGUCGUCAUCUGCACCGCCUGCCAUUAUGCCGUUCAGCCGCAGGCCAUAUCACGCCAUUUGAAAGAAAUUCAUCGCAUUUUGCGAAGCCAUCGUCGAAAGUACACUGCGUUUGUCGCUGGGCUCUCCCUGCGACAGCCCCACGAUGUUGUCCCGCCAAUGAAUCCUCUGGACUUUCCGGUCCGGUAUCUCCCCGUCGAACCGGGGUUUAGGUGCAAGGCGCCAAACUGCGAGUACAUGUGUGUCUCGUGCAAAAGAAUGGAGGCGCAUUGGCGCUCGGGCCACGGAACGAGGGCGCUAGCGGGGGGUAAUUUCCAGCCUGUGCCGCUACAGACUUUCUUCCGUGGAAAUUUGCUGAAGUACUUUACCGUCUCGGAGUCGAUCCUGCACAAAGAAGGGCAAACAAUUUCUUUGAUCAAACAAUUUCCAAGCGGCAAACGAGUUCUAAGUUCCAGGGAUGUGGCGCUUCUGAACCACUAUUUGCAGCAUACCGCUCAAUCUUUCAGCACGGAUGCCGAAAGAGACCAUAUCUGGAGAACAGUCAUGCCGACCCUCGCUCAUGAGCACAGUUUCGUCCUCUAUGGGCUCCUAGCCUGCGCGGCAUACCACAAGGCAUACCUGACCCCCGAUAAGCCAGAACUCAAACAAGAGAAUAUCCUUCGUGCCUGGACAUAUCAAGACGCUGCUCUGCCAGAGUUCCGUAUCGCAAUCGAGAAUGUUAGAGAGGCAAACUGUGACGCGAUCAUUGUCUUUGCAUUUUUACUUGUUGUGCACUCCUUUGCGGAUAGCAGACACGAAAGUCGCUCACUAGGAAUUAACGACGUCAGCGAGAGCAAUGGCAAUCCACCCGCUCUAUUCUUCUUGAGCACGGACGAGAAAAAUCGCUUACAGCCAGACAGCAUCUUCUCAAACUGGCUAUACCUCCUUCGGGGCGGCUGGUCAAUGAUCUGCGAUGUGUGGGAAUACAUCCAGAUAGGUCCUGUACGCGCUCUCCUAACGGCAUGGGAGAUUGACCUCGAAGGUUCCGAUGAGCACGAUCCAGAAAUCCUUGCGCGUCUCCUCAAAGUUAUCCCGACCGCGCCAGUCUCUUCCACUUCCACAGUUGACGAAGCCACAUACAAUGCUGACAUUUGGUCCGACGAGGUAAAAGCUGUGUACACCACUGCUGCGAUUCAACUAAGCCGAUCGUUCGCAUACCUCCGCAAGACGUACCCCGACGCUUCUCAGAUCACGACGUGGGAAAUUCUUCGCGUGUGGCCGAUGGAAGUGUCGAUGGAGUACAUGGCGCUUCUGCAACAAGAACACCCCGGUGCGUUGAUCUUGCUGGCUCAUUAUUGUGUGCUGCUCAAAUAUAUGGAGCGGUAUUGGUAUUUUGAGGGAAAGGCAGGGGCAUUGCUGAAGGUGAUUCGUGGGAGGUUAGGCGAAAGGUGGACAAGCUCGCUCGAGUGGCCGGUCGGUAUUGUUCUGGGAGAUAAGUGA